AUGGCUUUAUCGACAUUGUCUGCAUUGGAAGGAGAUGUUGUCGACAUAUCGGCUAUCAUCGACGAUAUCGACGAGGAGCUUGAGGAUACCCACGACCCGCUACUCGAUACACUUCGCGUUAGCGACCUACAGCCCGUUUGCACAGCGGCCACUUCUUUGCAUGGCUGUUCCUCUUUGCGAGCGAAGUUACUUGCCGUGGAAAAGGGAGAUGUGGACCUGCUGAAGAGGCUUCUCGAGAUAAACAACUCUAUCGACGAAAGUCUCGUUGAGGCUGCGUGCAUUUCUAAGGACCAGGCUUGUAUUGUCGCUCUUCUAGACUCUGGACUGCCGAUCAACCAACCUCUGAACCCUGAUCAAUAUAUCCUUUGGACUGCUGCGAACGACGUUACCUUCGCACGAUUUCUAGUUGGUGUUGGGGCAGAUGUCAACUGCAGGACCAGAUAUGACAUGACGGCUCUCUCAGCGGCGAUAGCUUACGGGAGCAUAAACGUUGUGCGCUUCUUAAUAUCUCAAGGACCACAACAUGCAGGCAACUAUAACAAUCCAGGGAUGCGAGACGAAGCCCUCCCCCGAAAUCCGAGUACGAGGAAUCUGGCUAGACCCGAAGCUAAGCUGGAACCCACAGAUCAAGAAGGCCCAGAACAGGGCACAAGUAAACGAGGCAUCAAUAACACGUCUUACUAA